UCACACAACUGGUCUCAUGACAUUGGCUAGUGCCCGGUUGCCUGUUGCAAUUUAGUUUUAAAAACUUCAUUCUUAAACAUGUCAUAUUACAAGAUGCACGUUAUACUACUGGUUGUACAGAAAGGUCGAAUUUUGGGAAAUGAAGAUCAUGGUACGUUCUCAUUGCAGUUAAACGCAACGUAGAUUCAACAUCUAUUGUCACAACGAAGGAAGGAUGUCCGAGCAGCUUCACCCAUGGGAUUAUGCUGCAGUGGGCGGGUACUUCGCCCUGGUGUUAGGGGUGGGAAUAUGGGCCAGUCUACGACGUGGUAAAGACAGUGCAGAGGGCUACUUUCUGGCCGGGAAACAUAUGACGUGGCUACCGGUAGGAGCAUCUUUGUUCGCGAGCAACGUUGGUGCGCCGAUGUUCAUUGGGUUAGCUGGAGCCGGGGCUGCAUCCGGGUACUCAGUUGUGCUUUAUGAAUGGACAGCAACGUUCCUCCUCAUUGCUCUUGGUUGGUUUUUCGUUCCAAUUUUUGUCGCUAGUGGGGCCUACACUAUGCCGGAAUAUCUGAUGAAGCGAUUCGGUGGAGUUCGUCUCAGGAUCUGUCUCUCCAUCCUUGGGCUGUUUCUGUAUAUCUUGACAAAGAUAUCGGCUGAAAUCUUCUGCGGGGCUCUAUUCAUGCAGCUACUUCUUGGCUGGAAUCUCUACAUAUGCAUCAUAAGCUUACUGGCCGUUACAGCUGUCUAUACAGUCAUAGGUGGUCUUGUUGCAGUUAUGUACACGGACACACUACAAACAGGGAUAAUCUUAAUCGGGGCAUGCAUUCUGACAUUUAGAAGCUUCCAGGAAAUCCACGGCUUCGAUGGCUUAGAAGAAGGGUUUGUGACCGCAGUCUCCAAUAUAACAAAGGCUAAUGUCACCCACUACAGCUGUGGUCUUCCCCCGAAGGACUCUUUGCACAUAUGGAGAGAUCCCGUGCAUGGGGAUAUACCAUGGCCAGGUGCUGUCUUUGGUCUUUUAAUCAUAGCAACGUGGGUGUGGUGCACUGAUCAGUUGAUGGUGCAGCGAACUCUCGCUGCUAAGAACAUCAGUCAUGCUAAAGGUGGAUCCCUGUUCGCCGGUGCCCUGAAGAUAUUACCCUUCUUCCUCUGGAUCAUUCCAGGGAUGAUUAGUCGGAUCCUCUACCCAGAUGAAAUUGCAUGUUCUUCGCCUGAGCGAUGUUACGAAGUAUGCCAGAACAAAGCUGGAUGUACGAACGUCGCCUAUCCCAUCCUGGUGUUGAGGCUGUUACCUCAAGGACUCCGAGGUCUGAUGCUUGCUGCUCUGCUUGCUGCCCUCAUGAGCUCCCUGACCUCCAUCUUCAACAGUGCAAGUAGCAUGUUCACUAUUGACAUCUGGCCUCGGAUCAGAAAGAAACCAUCGGAAAAUGAACUCAUGAUAGUUGGACGAGUAGCAGUGCUCGCCUGUACAGUAAUAGGCAUACUGUGGUUACCAAUCUUGCAGCAAGCCCAAGGAGGGCAACUGUGGGGGUACUUGCAAUCUGUAACUGCCUACAUUGCCCCUCCUUGGACAACGCUGUUUAUGUUUGCUCUUCUGUGGAAACGGACAUCUGAACAGGGAGCAUUCUGGGGUUUGAUCGCGGGGCUGGUUGUUGGAAUAAUCCGCAUGGUCGUGGACUUCACAUACCCAGCCCCUUACUGUGGCAGUGGAGAGGAAGACACUCGCCCAGGAGUUUUGAAGCAUGUACAUUUCCUCUACUUCGCCAUGAUCUCGGCUGUUGUCACCACUGUCACCAUCGUCCUUGUCAGUCUCUGCACCGAGCCCAGAUCAGAAGCUCAGCUUGGCCGCACCACUUGGUGGACACAUCACCAUGCUGAUCCUGACUUGGAAAUAGAGGACGACAAGGAUGACGUCGAUAGAGAAAUGGGAGAGGAAAUUGGAGAGGAGAAGGCUGACGAAAAAAUAGCCGUCGAGGCUGAAGUCUGUCCUUUCGAUGUUAAUGUGCAGUCACACAACCACAAUAGAAAAGGGAGAAAUGAGGCAAUAUGCAAAAGCAUCGCUAUGUGGAUGUGCGGAAUGACCCAGAGGAAGAGCCUUACACUUUCCAGAAGAGAACGAAUCGCCAUAAAGAAGCGGUUCACCAGUUUGGAAGAACAUGAGACAGCAAGCAAAGCAUUGAAUGCUUGCGCCAUAGGACUGUCAUUGAUAACCUUCUUUCUUCUGGGUUAUUUUUCUUAAAAGAUUUCGAGUGUCUAUUUGAACAUCAGACUCCAUACUGUUAUCGAUAGGAUGCAGCAUCUCAUUGUCCCUCAUGAAACAGUUUUGUUAAUUUGUGUUUUAUUUAUACAGCUUGUAGUAUGUUUAUGUGGUUAUUCUUCCGCUUUUUGUAUGUUUUAUGUUGAUUUAUAUAUAUAUUUCUUACUGAUACCUUUUUCUACAAUUUUACUUCGAAUAUUGUUGUAACAGAAACACUGCAUUGUAACCAUAUUAUUUCAAAAUGCGACAAUAUUUUAGGAAGAAAUUAUUUUCUUUCAACAUGAACUCAAUUGAUUCAUUCGAAGGUGGAUUUUGUAAUUUGAUGCCUCUGAUUAUAUAUCUAUAUAUCUAUGCCUGUUAUUAAAAACCAUGACGAAAAAUAGUUAUUACGUGUGCAUAAUUAUUAUAUGUGGUUAUUUUAACUCCUUUUGGAAAGUUUUCACUGCGUACCACGGGUAUUACGUAUCUUUAAGAACAUUUGUAUAACAUGUCCAUUAAAAUUAUAAAUGAUCAUUACUCUACUUCACAAAUGAUUAAAUUGCGAAUCACUCAAAAUUAGUAAUGGUUAUUAAAACCCUCUACAAAUAUUUAUUUUGAAUACCACUUUUAAAUGUUUAUUAUGCGUCAUAAAGAACACUGUUAUGACGUAUUUAAUAUCUGUAUAUGGAUAUUAUUAUUAUGGUUAUUACGGUUUGUUUUUUUUCAUAGCGAAUCUCUCAUAUUAUUAAUGAUUAUUUAACACCUUUACGAAUAUUUACAUUGUGUAACACUUUCAAUUUUAAAAUAAGCAAUGCGCACAUUCAGGAACAUUUUCAUUUCGUAAUUUGGGACGCACUCGGCGCGUAUCACUCUUUGCAGAAAUUACGGCU